AUGGCAGUUAAUUGCUUGGAGUCUCAAGGUAAACGACCUUCUCAAACAGAGCCGAACCCUCGGCAGAAUGUCAGUGCAAUAACUCUUCGUAACGGAAAGGUUCUAGAAACAGUGCCAGCCAAAAAUCAUGGGCAAGAAGAGGAACGAGAAAAGCAGAUCUCGGAUCCAACAGCAAGGCCAGAAUCGGAAGUUCAAAAACCAGUUGUGAUGCCACCUCAUUUUCCAGGGAGGCUUGCAAGGGAUAAGAAAGAGAAGGAGGAAAAAGAAAUCCUCGAGACAUUUAGGAAGGUAGAGGUAAAUAUCUCUUUACUCUACGCUAUCAAACAGAUCCCUCGUUUUGCAAAAUUCCUCAAGGAAUUGUGUACUAGCAAAAGGAGGUUAAUAGAUAACGAAAGAGUAAAUGUAGGAGAAAAUGUCUCCUCAGUGCUGCAAAAGAAAGGUCCACCCAAAUACAAGGACCAAGGUAUGUUUGCUAUUCCUUGUGAGAUAGGCAAUAUAGGCAUUAAGAAAGCCAUGUGCGAUUCAGGGGCUUCCAUUAAUGUUAUGUCUUAUUCUAUUUAUAAACUGAUUAACACGGGUCUUUUAAAAGAGACAGGAGUAAUAAUCCAGUUGACGGACAGGACAGUCGUCUAUCCUGAAAGGCUGCUUGAAGUCGUCCUUGCUAAAGUUAACGAAUUAGUUUUCCCUGCAGAUUUUUACAUUAUCCACAUGGAGGAUGACAAUUCGGCUAAUUCGUCUGACAUAAUUCUUGGGAGACCAUUCUUGAGUACAGCACGAACGAGAAUUGAUGUUUGGAGUUGA